GAAUUCCUCAAGGAUUCCGCCCAUCUCCUAGAGUAUCUCUGUAGUACGGGCUCCCAGGAGCCGUUCCUUUCCUGCCAAGAUGGCGGACGACGGGAAACGGCAGGACGAGGCGGAGGAAGCAGGAGAAACAGGCGAGCCGAGUGGCGUUGGGCGGCAGAAAGGACCCUGUUCAAGCGGACGGCCUCCCACCGUUCGGGAUCUGCAGUUGGCAUUGGCUGGAUUAUAUGAAGAUGAAAUUAAAAGACAACCACCUCAUUCAGACAAACCAACAACUAGAGUUGCCACUCACCCCCGAUUACCAGUGCAAAGAAAUUUGAGAAAACCAGAAAGAAGUAUGAGUGAUGACAUGGAUAACCAAAGAUUUUACUCAGGCGAUACAGAAUACAGAAUUGUUGAGUCAUCUGGCAAUAUGUCCUCCAGUAAAAUAGUUGAUGAACUUUUCAAAGAAGCAAGAGAACAUGGGGCAGUUCCUUUGGAUGAAGUAUCAAGAGCUUCAGGGGACUGCAAUAAAGCUAAAUCAUUUUCUGGUGGUGGAUACAGACUGGGAGACUCUGCUCGGAAGCAUUCUGAAUAUGUACAUGGAGAAAAUCAGUAUGGGCAAGAUGUUGAGAUCUUGCUUAAAUUGUGGAGGAAUGGCUUCAGCUUAGAUGAUGGAGAGCUGAGAUCCUACACAGAUCCAGUGAAUGCUCAGUUUCUUGAAUCUGUUAAAAGAGGAGAGAUUCCUGAUGAAAUUCAACGACUAGUGCAUGGAGGUCAAGUUAAUUUAGAUAUGGAAGACCAUCAAGAACAGGAAUAUGUAAGACCUAGGCUGAAGUUCAAAGCUUUCAGUGGAGAAGGUCAGAAACUUGGAAGCCUUACUCCUGAGAUUGUUAGCACACCUUCAUCUCCAGAAGAAGAAAACAAACCUUUUCUUGAUGCCACUGUUCCAAUAGAUGCCACUGUACCAACAACUAAGAUCCAGAUUCGUCUAGCUGAUGGAAGUCGUUUAAUACAAAGAUUUAAUCAAACACAUAGGAUUACAGAUAUACGAAAUUUUAUUGUCCAGUCUCGACCUUUGUUUGCCACAACUGACUUUGUUCUUCUGACUACAUUUCCACAUAAAGAACUUACAGAUGAAAGCCUGACUUUACAAGAAUCAGAUAUAUUGAAUACCGUGAUAUUACAACAGCUGAAAUAAAUUUUAAGCCUAUCAGUGCAAGGCAGAUUCUGGGAAUAGAUAAUGUUGCAUCAAAUAAAUGAGGAAAAGACCAAAAUAAUUCCAACAUUUUCCAGUGAAAUAUAGCAAUUGACUUUUAAACCUGUUCAGUCUUCCAGUAACAAUUUAUUCAAAUUGCAGGUCAAAAAGAUUUGUUAAACAAAUGUUGAAUUUGUAUUCUUUUUAGUUCAACUUUUUUGAAUUCAAGUACUUUAUGGAAGAGGGGGAAUGGAAAUAAAAAGAAACAUUGAUAGAAAAUGUUUAGGAAUGUACAUUUGAUAUUUAUAGGAAUACAGUGAGAGGGGUUGUGCGUGUUUAUAGCAUGGGAUUCAUUUUCUGUAAAACUUGAACUAUAGAAGAAUUUUUCACUGUAGCAGCAAUUGAGAACUUCAGUUUCUUAGUCCCAUUUGUCACUUAUAAAUAUUUUGUUCAUAGGAUGAUGUCUUUCACUUAGCUAACAUGAUUUUAACUCAAUCUACGAGUUUUAUUUUCUUCGCUGUCAUUCCCUUUUAAUAUGUUAUUACUAACCGUACUUUCAAGUGCCAGAUUGCAGAACAGGUGCAAAGUAUUUUUUACUUUUAUUCUGUAAACUGGUGUCCUGUUACCAAAUGUGAACUCUUAACUUUUAUGACUAAAUAGAGAAAUAUAAUAAAAAAAUUUAUAUGAUUUAUAAAGUCUGGUUUAAGAGGGAAAUAGUGUGCUGUGUUGUAUUAAAUAGGUAAUUGAGAACCAAUUAAUAAAGUCACUUUGCAGUAUCACUUCUACACUUGGAUUUGAAUAACAGUGACUCCUUAAUAUGUACCUUUCAACAACAUGUAUGUUUGUUUUGAGUAUGCAGAUUAACUUCUGCAACUGGAAAUUAUUAGAGGUGUGAUCAUUGAGCUUUGGAUAUUACAAAGCAUUUCUACUCCAGGUUAAUUUGAAUGGCUAGUUGAUUUUCCAAGCUAUUUUCCAAAAACACAAAUUAUGAUUUUGCAAACUUCAUAAAUCCAAAUUAAAGAUUUUAGUGGCGUGUUAAAUUUAACUUGUUUUUCUGGUUAUGCUCUGAAGUAAAUAAUAAAGAAGAAAAUGUGCAACAUAGGAUGUGUUCAUCUUGGAAUUUUAACCACAGGUAAAGAACAUUGGAUUAGGAUUCCACUUGUAGUAUUUUAAAGCAUAGCAUCUAUAGAUAUAUGGAAAAGUAUAGAAAUAGAACCAUUAAAAAAGUAGUAAUAACAAAUGCUUGGUUAACAAAGCACAGCAAAAUUUAUCAACACAAGAUUCUACAUACAAAUUCAACUGUUCCCCAAAAGCACUUAACUAUAAUUAACUGUCUGAAAUUUAAGAUGAUGUGAUAAUACAUCACACUGUAUUUAACUGUAUUGCACUUGUAUAUUUUAAUCACAAUAUAUUCGUUUAUGAAGAGACAGUUUAUAAUAUUAUAUCAAUAAUUAUUUGACCAGAAUAGUUUUGUUUAAAGUAACAAGUGUUAUCAAAUGUUAAGGAUUUUUAGUGGCAGCUUUUCAGAAAGCCGCCUUGCACUACACAGCUCAUUCCUCAGCCAAGAUAUUUUUUCCUCCCUUUUAAUCUAGAUUUAUGAAAAUAUAUUCAAAGAUGUAAGCAUCUUUGUAGUAUUUUUUUUCUUCAAUUUUGUGCCCAGGAAUCCAAGCCUAUCAAGAAGGGAAGUUUUAUUUAAGUAUAAGAUAUAAUGCUUAAGUGUAAAUUUUAAGUAGGGUUAACUCCGGAUUUCUACAACUCUUUUUGUAACUGGUACAGACUACUUUAGUUUUCAAAGACAUAAAAAAAAAUUAAAAGUGAAAAGAUGUUGAAAUGAAAGCAAGAUUUUGAAAGUAGAAUAUGUGCAUAAUUAAACUAAAAACAAAUUACCAUUAUGUUGUAAUUAAUAAAGAACAUGUUUAAAUUACAA